AUGACGACGGAGGCUACAGAGAAGCUGAAGAAGUCGCGCGCCGCGUCUCCCGAGACGACAGAGGACGGCUUCGUUCGCCUUCACAUCACCCCAUUUGACGCCGACCUGCUGAAGAUUGUCGUGCCCGCUACAGCUCUCCCCAACGCCCGCAACAUCUCGUAUCAUUCCCUGGAGACAUUUCCCGAAAAUCGAUUUGGUUUUGUUGAGCUUCCCCAGAUGGACGCCGACAAGAUCAAGAAGAAGCUCAAUGGCAGCAUGCUGAAGGGCAGCAAGAUGCGCAUAGAAAAGGCUCGUCCUGAAAAGCGCAUCGAGCCUGACUUGGUGGACGACACCGGAAAGACUGUGAGAAAGUCAAAGUCAAAGAAGAACGACGACGAUUCCGAGCGACCAAAGAAGCGCAAGCGCGAAAUGGGUGUCAUCGACGGGGUCAUGCUCGACGACCGCAAGGUCAAACGUGGAUGGACGGAACCUGCCGAUUAUAAGAACAAGAAGAGCAAAAAGGACAGCGCCAAAGAGUCUAAGAACAUCGAAAGAGACACUAAACGAAAGCAAUCGAGAUCAAAGUAUAUUGAAAAGGAGGAGUGUCUGCUCAAGACGAGAAUGCCACCCAAUGAAAUGCGCAACCUGCCCGAGGAAGAUGCCAGCACAAAGAAGAAGAAAAAGAAGACUUCUGCCAGACAAGUUACUGUUCACGAAUUUGAAAAGACGACCAAAUUCAUGAGUUUCCUGCGGACGGCUGCUCCAGAGACUGAUGGCAAGUCUGCGACCGAAUUUAUCGAAGGCAAGGGCUGGGUGGAUGAAGACGGCAAUGUAGUAGAAGUUCUCAAAGAGAAGAAUUUGCCAAAGGCUCAGCCCAAGAAGACUAAGAAAACGCCAGCCACGCCUGUUGAACCCGAAUCUGAAAACGAGACCACCAGCGAAAGCGACACCUCUUCGGACGAUACUUCUUCUGAAGAGGAAUCCGAGGACGAGCCAAUGAAGGAGACAGAGAAUCCAAAGACGAAGAAGCUGGCAGUGGUUGACAAAGAUGAUAGCUCUGAAAGUGAUAGUUCUGAUUCAGGCAGCGACAGCUCCGAUGACGACGAAUCCGAUGACGAGUCUGAGACACCCACGCCUGAAGUGACUGGCAGUGCCACUUCCAAGCCCUUGAUGAUUGAUAUCCCACCCCCUCCGACGACGUCCCGGGUCAUUCACCCGUUGGAAGCGCUGUUUAAGCCCUCCAAGCCAGAAGAAAAUGGUACCACGACCCCGGCCGCGGAGAAGAAGAUAGGCUUCAGCUUCUUUGGCGGCGAUGGCGACGAGGAAGAGCAAGCGGAGGACACCGUCGAGAGCGGGACGGCCGCCGUACCUAUGACGCCCUACACCAAGCAAGACUUUGAUUGGCGCAACGUGCGUAGCGCAGCACCGACGCCGGACACGGUCCACCCUGCACGCAUGCGCAGCUUCUUCCCUUCGACGGAUGAGGACGCCGAAAUGGCCGAGGCUGAGGAAGAGGAGGAGGACGUAUACGACGAGGACGGCCCGGACGAAGGUGCGGGUGCCGCAGGCCAGCAGGGAUCCAGCGACUUUCAAAAAUGGUUCUGGGAGAAUAGGCGCGACCUCAACCGGUCCUGGAUGACACGGCGAAAGACGGCGGCGAAGGAGAAGCGAAACCGUGAUAACAAGGCACGUGCCUCGAAAGCAGCAUAG